AUGCAAGCAGGGACAGCAUCGGGCGGCAGCACGGCGACGAGCCAGGAGGCCCGGGAUUCGGACGGGCCCACAGGCGGCUCCGAAAGCCCGACCGGUGGCCCCACAACGCCGGCCAAGUCCGCCGGUGCUGCUCCGGCACUGAACAGGGAUCUCCGUUUCUGGGCCAUCCUCCUGGCCAUUGGCUUCUCGGGACUGCUCAGCGCGCUCGAAGCCACCAUCACGUCGACGACACUGCCCACUGUCAUCGCCGAGCUGGGGGGCGGCGACCUCUACAUCUGGGCCGUCAAUGGAUACUUCCUGGCCAUGACUUCACUACAGCCUAUGUUUGGGCAGUUGGUCAAUGUCUUUGGGCGCCGGUGGCCAACCAUCUGCGCCACGGCUGCCUUUGUGCUCGGCAGCGGAAUCUGCGGCGGUGCCACGGGGAUGGGCACACUCAUCGCCGGCCGGGUUGUCCAGGGCAUCGGAGCUGGCGGGAUCAACGUCCUGGUUGAGAUUAUCAUCUGCGACCUGGUUCCUCUGCGUGAGCGCGGCACCUACUUUGCCAUCAUCUUUGGCCUCGUUGCCAUUGGGACGGCCCUGGGGCCUUUCUUUGGCGGGCUCAUUGUGACGUACCCGAGCUGGCGCUGGGUUUUCUACCUCCACCUUCCUGUAGGUGGCUUCGCGCUGCUGCUGCUCCUUGUCUUUCUCAAUGUGAAGCACAACAGGGAGAAGACGCUCGCUACCCGCUUGACCACUAUUGACUGGGUUGGCAACGUCAUCUUUGUGCUCACUCCCCUCAUCGUUGGUUUUUCCGGCCUCGUCGGCUUCGUCAUUUUCGAGGCAUCGGCCCUCGCGCCCUAUCCAACUGUUCCUCUCCACCUGCUGUCAAAUCGAACCAGCGCAAUAGUCUUUUUCCUCACCUUGAUGCACAGCAUCGUCACCAUGUGGGCUAUCUACUUUCUGCCCAUCUACUUCCAAGGCGUCCUCGGCUCCACGCCGUCACGAUCGGGGGUGCAGCUACUGCCUACCAUCCUCAUCCUCAUCCCCUUUGCAGCCGCGGGCGGCGCCCUCAUGUCCAAGCUGGGCCGCUAUCGCGCCAUCCAUCAGGCGGGCCACGCGCUUAUGGUGCUUGGAUUCGGCCUGUUCACCCUUCUUGACGAGAACUCAAACACGGGUACUUGGGUUGGUCUCCAGAUCGUCGAGUCCGCGGGCGCCGGGCUCAUUGCUCCAACCUUGCUGCCCGCCGUCAUGGCACCGCUGGCCGAGUCCGACACUGCCCUCGCCGCCGCAACCUGGGCCUUUUUUCGAUCUUUUGGCCUAACUUGGGGUACGGCCAUCCCGGCUGCCAUCUUUAACAACCGCUUUGACCAGCUGGCUGAGACCGAAAUCACCGACCCAGUCCUCCGGAGCAGGCUGACUGGCGGGAGAGCAUACGAGAGUGCAACGGCCGCCUUUCGCAGCACGCUUUCCGAAGCAACUCGCAACGAGUUUACCCGUGUCCUUGAAAUGAGUCUUCAACGCACUUGGCAGGUUGCAAUAGGUUUUGCGGCACUAGGCUUUCUACUUGUCUUCCUUGAGAAAGAGGUGCCUCUCCGGCAAGAACUAGAGACUGAAUUUGGCAUGGUUGACAAGAAGGAUCGUGAGGAGAAUGUAGAGGAAGCAAAGGAAGUCAAGGAUCCAGAUCCGCAGAAGCAAAACACUACCUGA